UGCUCGUUUCUAUCGGAUCGAAUGCAACGAUUUUGUCGGUGAGACUUGCAGAAGGAAAGACAGAACGAAAAAAAAAGUAGUGCAGCAAUCGAGGCGAGCUUUAAACAUCAAUUGCAAUCGGAGGCCACGUGGCCACAAACAACGAGCUCCGGGAGCAAGACUCUCAUAGUACUUUUUUUAAACUGACAGCAAACAGGAACUUAGGCGACAUCAUGGAUUGGGAUUGGGCAGUUGGUGGCAUUACAGAUGAGAUACCAAGGACAACGGGACCAGAAUGCAUCAAUUACAUGACCGAACGGAGACGUAAUAUUGAGACGGUCCUGCUGUCGGCCCUCUUCAUCUUCAUUAUGUACAGAUCGUGGAAACAGUUGGCACCCAUUAAACUACCUCCGCCUCAUGAGAUACAAAAGACCCACAGUGUUACACGUCUCCUGCUAAUCAUCGUGAUGUCCAUGAUCUUUGGCAUUGAAAUGGGUUUCAAGCUAGCGGGUCGUUCGAUGAUCUUUGCCUUGAAUCCUUGCCAUGUACAAACUUGCCUGCAGAUCUAUUUGCUUGCUGCUAAGCCCACAAAGACAACCACAGCUCUGUUUCGCAUACAGAUGAGCAAUCUCAAUGGACCAUUUCUGGCCUUUCUCUUUCCCGAGGUGGAGGGACGUACAUAUCCCUUCGAACAGGCCACAUAUUGGAUACAACAUGCAUUGCUCUAUAUUAUUCCCAUUUAUAUUCUAAGAAGUGGAGCAUAUACCAUAGAGGAUCUUGGAGAUUUUCAUUGGGCUAAAAUAGGAACUGCUUUUAUGUUGUUCUAUCACUUUGUGUUACUCUCUCCACUAUCUAUAUUCACGGGCAUCAAUCUGGAUCACAUGCUAUGUGCCGCCGUUUCUGAUCCAUUUCAGGGUCCAAAUUACAGACUGUUUGCCUGUUGUCAUCAGACCUUACUUUGCCCAUUACUGAAUAAGGGAACAGUAUUCUUGUUUGGUUCACGCAAAUCGCGACUAAAUUCCAGUGAUAAUGGUGUGCAUAAUAAUGUCGGUUGUGAGAAUUUAAAUUCAGAAAUGCCCAUGUACCAUCAAUUGAACACACAGCAGGAGUAUGCCACCGCUGAAGAAGCGGAGGAGAGUCUUAUGCGGCAUCGCUAUAAUGCCCAUAUGCAGAAUGAGGCUGCCAUUACUGAAUACACUAUGCCCACUACGAAAAUUGACUAGUAUAGAGCCAAGGAUCGAGCUGCUACAUCCGAGGAAAAAGCAAGGUUUAAGAGUCCGUUAUGCAAGUCAAUUUCAAAACUACAUAUAGCAAUUUUCAAUUUGACAUUUUAGGCGUUUUGUAGUUAGUCCUUCCCUUAAAUUGUGAGAUAUGUAUAUAAUAUUUCUACAAUUAAGUCGACAAAAUUCAUGCUCAUCGAGGUUAUUAACCUAAAAUACACUCUACAAUAACAAAUAAAAUAUAGAACACACAUAAAUUUACGGUUCAAUUAAAUAUAAAGUUAUGCAAGGGUUUUUUUUUCUGUUAUUUGGUGAAAAAUUAAAAAAUGAUACAACCAUGUAAAUUUGCUGUAAAUUGUAAGAAUUCAAACUGAGGCAAGAUACAAUAAAUAAUCCAAUAUAAAAACC